AUGGGCUUUGAUAUGGCUGAUACAAUGGACACUUCAAGAGACAACUUGCAAGAAAAUAUGCAGUCAUCAGAACUACCAAUUAUUGGCCUUGAUAAAGUAUUAGUCGCUACAGAUAACUUCAGCACAACAAACAAACUUGGGAAAGGAGGAUUUGGACCUGUUUAUAAGGUAAUUGUGAUGCCCUGUUUUUUAGAGAUCAUAUCAAUCUCCAAACAUCAGCACAUGAAUCUUGUUAGGCUCUUGGGUUGUUGCAUUGAAGGGGAAGAGAAGCUAUUGGUUUAUGAGUACAUGACAAACAAAAGCUUGGACACUUUCUCAUUGGUUGAUGCAACGGAAAGGGCGCAACUUGAUUGGGCUAAAUGCUUCCACAUUAUUCAAGGUAUUGCUAGAGGGCUUCUACAUUUCCAUCGCGAUUCUUGUUUAAGCGUUAUUCACAGAGAUUUGAAGGCCAUCAAUAUUCUCUUGGAUGAUGACAUGAAUCUAAAAAUUUCAGACUUUGGGCUAGCGUGA